AUGUCAGAGAAAUGCUUCUACCACAAGGGGAUCCCUUUUCCUACACUGGGCUACUCAGAGGAAAUACUCAACUAUGUGGGAAAUGAAUUCCAAAUGCUGGAUGACGAUAUCAUUAAUGUCACUUACCCCAAAUCAGGUACCAAUUGGAUGGCACAGAUCUUGAGCUUGAUCCAGCAUAGUGGGGACACCACAUGGGUCUACAGUGCACCAGUGUGGCAACGGGUGCCUUGGAUUGAAGGUAUUGGAGGAAUGAUGUCUGCUUUGAGAUGUCCUCCACCCAGGCUCCUGACUUCGCAUCUGCCACUCCAGCUUUUCCCCAAGUCUUUCAUUCAUUCGAAAGCCAAGAUUAUCUUCACCAUGCGCAAUCCAAAGGAUGCGAUGAUCUCAUUCUACCACGGUUCCAAACUCCUGAAACUAUAUAAAGAUCCUGAAACCCUACAAGAAUUCCUGGAAGAGUUCCUGAGAGGGAAUGUGCACUAUGGUUCCUGGUUUGACCAUGUGAAAGGCUGGAUGAAACUGAAGGGCAGAGACAACUUCUUCUUGGUCACUUAUGAAGAGCUGCAGCAGGACCUGAGAGGCUGCGUGGAGAAGAUCUGCCGCUUCCUAGGGAAGGAGCUCACGAGUCAGCAAAUCGACUCUGUGGUUGAAAACUCCUCCUUCCAGAAGAUGAAGGACAACAAGAUGUGCAAUUUCACACUACUACCAGACACCGUCAUGGAUCACCAGAAGGGACCGUUCUUGAGGAAAGGAAUCUGUGAGGACUGGAAGAAUCACCUGACGCCAAAGCAGGAAGAAUAUUUUGACAGUGUUUAUUGGGAAAAGAUGCAGGAUAUGAGCGUGGCCUUCCCAUGGGAUUGA